CUUUAUUUUAUUCUGUUUUUAAUAUUUGUUGUUAUAGCGGCAACAGAAAUACAUCAUCUGUGAAAAUUUCAACUGUCUACCUAUCACGGUUCGUGAGAUACAGCCUGGUGACAGACGGACGGACGGACGGACAGCGAAGUCUUAGUAAUAGGGUCCCGUUUUACCCUUUGGGUACGGAACCCUAAAAAGCGCGGGAACGUCCGAUGAGUUGGCGGCAUUUUUAAACAAUAAUUAAUUUUAAAGGCGCUAUACAGGCUUUUUCUAUUGCUACAUCUGUAAAUAACUUUGUAAAUAUAAUUAGGAGUGUAAAUAAAUAUAUAUAAAGUGUAAAUAAAUAUGGGGAGGAACUCUAAAAAGCGGAAAAAGAAAAAUGGUGAGAAUGGUGACAUGGACGUUGUCUCAGGAGAUGAAAGUACUGAUUUCAGUUCGGUGAAGUCAUUAGAAAUGGAAAGUGAUAAGUACGCUAUAUUUAAAGUACCUAACUAUUCAAGAACUUAUCCCGAAAAUGGCGGUAACUUUGAAUACAUCGUCUUCCUGGAAAGCUCCGUCUCGGAACAACCCAUUGGGAACCGAGACAUGAUGUCGCUGUCCAAUUGUAUUAAAAGGUACAACAAAGGAGUGAAACAAUUACUUCGAAUUAAUAAAUACAAAAUUGGAGUGAUCUUCGAACGGCCCGGGCAGGCUAAUGCCGCCUUGGCAAAUAAAAACUUUCUGGAGCAAUAUAAAUUUAUAGCCUCCAUACCAGCGGCGGCCAGUGAGGUGACUGGUGUCAUCUUACAUGUGCCCACGAACCUGUCUAAUGCGCAGAUUUAUUCAGCAAUAUCGUCAUCUAAAAAUAUUGUGUGUGUGCGACGGUUCAUGCGAAAGGUGAACAAUGAUGGACGCAUUACUGAAGAGCCCACUAAGACUGUUUCGAUAACUUUCUCUUGUCCAGUACUACCUGACAGCGUGGACCUCAAUAGUUGGCGCUUUGAGCUUCGGCCGUACAUCCCGCCGGUGAAGCAGUGCCUUCGCUGCUUAAGGUAUGGACAUAUUGCUAAAUUCUGCAAAAAUGAGCUGCGCUGCUCCAUAUGCCAAGAUAAUCACAAAUUUACUGAAUGCCAAAUUGACCCAAAAUCUGCCAAAUGUGUCCACUGCUCUGGAAAUCACAUUUCAAUUUCAACAACUUGUCCUGUCAAACAACAAAAAAUUAAUGAGAAUAAAAUAGAAGUAGAGAAGAAAACACAAAAGUUCACAGAUCUCUUUAAUAGCACUAAAUUUCCAAAAUUAAACUCGAGACCAGACAACAUAAGUUCUAUCAUAAGUUCUGACACGGUUAUGAAUUUAUUAAUCGAAGCGGUAGUCAAAAUCAUUAGUUUAAAUAAAGGCAAUGAAAAACCAAUUUGUAAUCAAAGUAUUAAAGACAUUCUCCUAGAAACCAUUACCAAAAAGAAAGCAAGUAAAUAA